AUGGGCGUGUGUAGUCCAGCCUCACAGUCUGCAGAAGAUUGGUCUACAAGCCCUGACAGAACCAUGCAUCAAACUUUCCUUGAGCUUUUCGUGUUGCACGAAGCUGCAAUAUCGAAUCUGGGUGUGACGCUGAAGCUGUCGAGCCAGCGCGCCUACGCGGCGGAAGAAAAGGCGGGCAUGUCCGCUCCGCACAUGAGCCUGGUCGAACGACGGACGAGACACAUGUACUGCUAUCUUGUGGAGCAGCUGUUCGACCUGCUGUCAGGAACACGAGUGCAUGUCGCGGCGAGUCUAGUAGAACGGCCACCACUGUGCGUAGACUGGGUUGACGAACACUAA